AUGCCGUCGGUCGAAUUUCGUUUUGCUACUACGUUGGAUACGUUAUACUUGACGAUUGGUGCAGCGUGUGCUCUAAUUGGAGGUGCGAUUCAACCGUUCGUUCUGAUCUUAGGUGGAUUCAUUACAACGGUCUACCUAGAGCCUGGAGAGAAAACGGCCAACCAGAAAUUUUGGAACGACGUCAUGUUUUUUAUUAGUUGGCUUGGAAUCGCCGGUACAUGCGCUUUAUUGACAUCCUUUAUUCAGUCAUUCUUCCUCCAUCGUGGAUGCCUAAAUGUGGUAAACUCGCUUCGUCAUCAGUACUUGGCUGCGGUAUUGCGCCAGGAUGCGACAUGGUUCGAUCAGAAUACCUCCGGUGUCAUCACUUCACAGCUGAAUGAGGGCGACACAGAACCAGAGCAGAAGAACGAAGUCGAGCCAAUAACUGUGAAAGAGCUGUUUCGUUUUGCUACUACGUUGGAUACGUUAUACUUGACGAUUGGUGCAGCGUGUGCUCUAAUUGGAGGUGCGAUUCAACCGUUCGUUCUGAUCUUAGGUGGAUUCAUUACAACGGUCUACCUAGAGCCUGGAGAGAAAACGGCCAACCAGAAAUUUUGGAACGACGUCAUGUUUUUUAUUAGUUGGCUUGGAAUCGCCGGUACAUGCGCUUUAUUGACAUCCUUUAUUCAGUCAUUCUUCCUCCAUCGUGGAUGCCUGAAUGUGGUAAAUUCGCUCCGUCAUCAGUACUUGGCUGCGGUAUUGCGCCAGGAUGCGACAUGGUUCGAUCAGAAUACCUCCGGUGUCAUCACUUCACAGCUGAAUGAUAACAUCGCCCGAAUACAGGAUGGCAUGGGCGACAAGAUGGGCCUCCUUAUUCGAGGAUUCUCCAUGUUCUUCUCAUCGAUCAUCGCCUGUUGUGCCAUUAACUGGCAGAUAACCGUGAUUUCACUCACCAUGGGGCCGAUUGCCACAGUGACUAUGGCCAUGUUAGGAAGAAAAUACCGGGCAGCACUCGGUCGAGCACUGCCGUAUUCUAUUCGCGGUCAUUUCUGGAUGGGAUUUUUCGAGGGACUUUCGUUCUUCCAAAUAUACGUUGUCAUUGGAGUUGCCCUCUGGUUUGGGUGUUAUGGAUUUUUCAACGGUUUGGUUGCUGAUCGUGGUGAUGUGCUUCUUUGUGUGGGCACAAUUUCGCUGACCGCCUACUACCUUGGAAUGCUUGGACCACAUAUGAUGGCCUUGUUGAAAGCGAGGGUGGCAGCUGCUGCCAUCUACGAAACCAUUGAUAGGGGCAUUUCGUGGGAAGCCCACAGCGGCGAAACGAUUGCGCUUGUUGGAGCAAGUGGUUCCGGCAAAAGCACUUCGGUCAGUCUACUGACUCGACUCUAUGAAGUCAGUGAUGGUAAAAUAACUAUCGAUGGAGUGCCUCUCUGUGACUACGAUGUGGAAUCGCUGAGAAAGCUGCGACUUUUAGAGAAUUGGAUAGUUCAGCAGGAACCUUAUUUAUUCAAUGGCACUGUAAAAGAAAACAUAUCAAUGGGUCGCGACGGAAUCGACAACGAGAAAAUUAUACAAGCUGCCGACACCGCCAAUGUUACCGAAUUCGUGAAUCGUCUUGAGAAGGGUUUCGAUACCUACUUGGGCGCUGGUGGUGUGACGCUUUCCGGUGGUCAGAAGCAGCGAAUCGCCAUAGCCAGGGCCGUUGCUGCUGAUCCACGGAUUCUUUUCUUGGAUGAAGCAACCAGUGCUCUUGACGCAAACAGUGAAAAAGUCGUGCAGGCGGCCCUGAAUAAAGCGGCUAAAGGUCGAACAACUGUUAUUAUCGCGCAUCGUCUCAGCACUAUUCGCGAGGUGAAGAAAAUAUAUGUUUUGGAAAAGGGAAAGGUUGUUGAGAAAGGAUCUCACGAUGAGCUGAUGGCGAAAGGUGGAAUAUAUGCCAGGUUGGCCACUGCGCAACAGUUCCAGGAUAGACCUAGCUAUGGAUCGUCGGGGCGGCUGGAGAGAGUUCCAAGGACUGAACCGCUCCCUCAGUGGUUUCCUGUUGCGCCAAAAAGAUCCAGAGCAGGACCACUGCCUUCGGCGUAUGUCCCAGUAUCUGGCCUUCUGCCUCCUUCAAGUUUUGACAACGACGCCUCUGGAGGUCUUGGUAUUCUCUACCGUAACAUGAAGGGUUCACGAUUGCUUGCGGUUGUAUGUCUCUUUGUAGCUGCAACUCGAGCGCUGGAACUUCCCGGUCUUGGGCUGGCCUAUCUCUUUGCCUUCAAGUCGCUGCAGAUGGACGAAACGACAUACCAAAACAGCGCCUUUUACGCGUUUUUGAUAUCCUGCAUAUGCGGUGGUAUCAUAUGGUUCGCCCAGUGCAGUUCGUUCUUCCUUUCUGGCUGGCUGAGUGAGCGAGUUAUGGAUGCUUUGAGAACUCGGAUUCUCAGGAGCCUACUUCAUAGACCUAUGAGUUAUUUCGACUGCAAAGAGACCUCUCCGGCAUUUUGUGUGGCCACGAUGGCACAACAUGCACCCGAUGCCAUGGCGGCACUCGAUUAUCGGUUCAUGGUCAACCUGAGCAACCUGUCGGCGAGCAUCAUCGGUAUCGUCCUUGCUUUCACAUUUUCCUGGUGGUUAGGUCUUCUUGGAGCAGUUUUGUCGUGCUCCUUGCUCACCUUAACCUUGCUCAAUAUUCGGCUUACCCAUAGAUGUCACGAAAGGAAGGACAAAGAAGAUCACAGUCCAGAGAGCGCCAUUGAAAUUAUUGAGCAAGCACGAUCUAUCAAACUGGCAGUAGUUGAAAAGCAGUUCUUGAGAAAGUACGCAGAACAACGUCAAGCGUCUAUGCGUCACGACUUCUGGAUAGGACUCAUCGAAGCGGUCAACUUUGCCACAACACAGUCCUUUGUGUUCUUCAGUGAUAUGCUCUGCUAUUUGCUGGGAACCUGCUUGAUUUACCAGGGUGUUCACACUACAGAAACGGUUUUU